AUGUCCCCGGCCCCUCGGCCAGUUCUUCGUCUUCUACUGGCAAUCCUUCUCAUGCUAACAACGCUCCUGUUUCCUCCAACAACUCGGUCGGACAGAUGUCCUACAGACCAGAUAGUCGCUGAGAAUCUUAGAAGAGCCACUGACAACGCAGCCCUGCAACAGUGCAGAGACGCAGGAGAAGCAAACAUCCCUGCAGACGAACUUCUUAUCCCCGUUCCGCCGCAGCCCUCAGGCACAGCUCUACAACAAUGGAUUUCGGCCUUCGCCCAACUCUCUCCCAACUCACAGAAUCAAGGAACUGCCAUUCUGACUCCCAAAGCCGUAGUCAGACCCAAUAUUUCUGCGGUUUCGAAAGUCCUCUUUGACUCCUCCAAAGAGGCACCGUCUGGAGCCGGCCUUGACUCUACAUACAACUUCGGCAUUCAUCAGAAAAUUCACACAUUCCUUAUUUUGCCCUUAAACAGACUUAUUCACACUUAA